CCGCACCUUUCAGAUUCACUUGGCAGGGAACCUGUUACAUAUACACAUCUUACAGUACUGCAGUUGUACAAUCCACUUCAGCUACAGAAAAUAGCUACAAUGGGCAAAUUUCUAUUCGUAAUUCUUACAAUAGGUUCAGUUAGAGGCUGGGGAGCCCUCUUUAACAGGUUUAGUCCUGCUCUGAUCCCAGCUGAGCAGCAGACCGGAAGUUACUACAACCUGUACACAGACAGCAAACACGUGGUUGAGGAGCCGAGGAUGUUGGCCAGGAAGCUGGAGGAUCUUGUCGCUAACGAGGUGAAGACAGCCGAAUCUGAUCCCUGUUAUGAGAAGAAGUGUACUAGCAACGAAAACUGUUGUGACGGAAGUGUUUGCAUCGACAUUGAUCUGCAAGCUGUUGGGACCUGCAUGCCCCUGUACGGCCGGAAGGAAGGUGAGAAGUGUAUGAGGAACAGUGACUGUGAGACCGGAUAUGUUUGUCAGGACACGCAGGAGGGCAUGCAGUGCCAGGAAAUAGUCCCAGGGGUAGGACGCUUCGGUGAUGAAUGCCGCGAGUCUGAUGAUUGCAACAUCCAUCUUGGACUCUGCUGCAGACUACAAAGACGACAGAAGAUGCAGCCCAAGAAGUUCUGUACCUACUUCACUGCUUCUGAUGUCUGCAUUGGCCCUGUAGAGCACACCAAGGUCCGACGUCACCUUGAGUACACUGCAAACGAGAAGAGGCGAAGCCCCCAUCCUGACCACGAGUUCGCAAACUACUAAUUUAUUGCGGCAUUUUCUCAUUCGGUCAACUCACUUGCUGUACUCUUCGUUUAAUAGAUUUAACCAAUAUCCAACUGUUUUAUUCCAACCUAUGACAGCAGUAAAAUAUAUUAUUCAUUCAUAACAAUGUAAGAAAUAUUCUAAAAUGUUCUUAGUAAAUAUUUCUGUAUUUAUUCUCUCUUUCCCAUUGAGGUAAACUAUUUCAUAAUAAAAGAAUACAUUUCA